AUGCUCAAGUUGACAAAGUACCAUCACUACGACCUUUCGGUGCCAGAUCUCUUUAAGGAAUUCGUCAUUGCACCAUUCACCACGGACCAGAUUGAGGAGUAUGUCGCACAGUAUGUUCCGCUCGAGCCAUGGACCUGGACCAAGGAAGAUUACAUGGACAGGCUGACGACUAUCCCCGGACUUAUAGGCCUGGUCAAGAAUCCAUUCCUCCUCUCGCUGGCUUUGGGGGCCAUGCCGGCAGUUGUCGAGAGUAAAGAUAAUCUCUCAAGAGUCCGCGUCAACCGUGUACAGCUUUAUGACAGCUUUGUUCAGCACUGGCUGAGAGUCAAUAAACGACGUCUACGGAAUCAGAACCUGAAGUUGAGUCGAGACGAACAGCGGAUGAUCGACGAGUUGCUGGAUGACGGGUUCGAGGAGAGAGGGAUCAAGUUUCAAGCAGACCUGGCAGCUGCGAUCUUUCAGGAGCAGGAGAGCAAGCCUUCGUUCAUUGUCGGCCACCCGCUGUCGAGGAGGAGUCUUGUCACAGAGCAAUCCAUCGUGCAGUUCUUGGCUGAGCGUGCCCAAGCGGACCCGGAAUUCAAGCGACAACUUUACGAUCUUCUCAAGCAAACAAGAUUUAACAGCGUGUACUUCUCGCCAGCGCGGUCCGCCAUCUCGUCGUCCGGCAGCCAGGAAGGAUCUGUUCGAGUCUGGGAUCUGAGCACGGAGGUGAGUCUAGGGGCGCCUUGUGACCGACGGACGGUACAAGGACGUGAUGGUGGCCUACCCACCGAUAAGAUCGCAGAUCGCCACUAA